GCCACGUGACCCCGAGCCGCGGGGCCGCGCGGGCCGCCAUGGUGGCGUCGCCGACAGGUUCCGGCUGGCGCCCUACAGCGGGCGCCAGGUUUUUCUGCACCGCGGGCCGCGGCCUGGAGCCCUUCCUGAUGCGGGAGGUGCGGGUGCGGCUGGCGGCCACGCAGGUUGAAUAUAUUUCAGGAAAAGUUUUCUUUACCACCUGUUCUGACUUAAAUAUGCUGAAAAAAUUAAAAUCUGCAGAAAGAUUAUUUUUGCUGAUUAAAAAGCAGUUUCCACUUAAAGUUUCUUCUGUAAGUAAAGGAAACAUAUUUAAUGAAAUGCAAAGACUUGUAAAUGAUGGUCCAGAGAGCUGGUUGAGUGCCAUUUCAAUUUGGAAAAAUCUUCUUGAACUUGAUGCAAAAAAGGACAAACUUUCUCAAAGAGAUGCUAACCCACUAAAAAGAAAAGUAGGAGAAAAUGAUGUCACCAAUCCUAAGAAAUUAAAAACAGAACAAAUGCAAGAGCUACAAGAGAGCAGGGAAUGCCAACCGGAAAAGCAAAUGGAAGAAGAAACAGCGGAGCAAGGAGAUUUUCUCAUGAACAGAGAAAAAUCUCAAGAAGCAUUUCAGAAUGAGGUAGUAAAAGCAGCUGAUGACCCAAGCCAGAAGGACUUGACGUUCAGGGUUUCUUGUCGCUGCAGUGGAGCCAUUGCAAAGACUUUUACUGCACAGGAAGUUGGAAGAGUAAUUGGAAUUGCUCUUAUGAAACAGUUUGGAUGGAAAGCAGAUUUGAGGAAUCCAAAUUUAGAGAUCUUCAUACAUCUAAAUGACAUUUACUCUGUGGUGGGAAUCCCUGUGUUCAGGGUUCCUUUAGCCAGCAGAGCUUACAUCAAGACUGCAGGCCUCAGGUCUACCAUAGCAUGGGCAAUGGCCUCUCUUGCUGAAAUUAAGGCUGGUGCAUUUGUUUUAGAUCCAAUGUGUGGACUUGGAACAAUACUUUUGGAAGCUGCUAAAGAAUGGCCAGAUGUGUAUUAUGUGGGCGCUGAUGUCAGUGAUUCACAGUUACUAGGUGCAUAUGAUAAUCUGAAAGCUGCAGGCCUUCAAGAUAAAAUUGAGUUACUCAAAGUCUCUGUUACAGAAAGCUGUUUCAAGAAGACUGGGAUGGCUUCCUCAGCUGUUGCAGAGCAGUGAUUUUUCCAACACUUUACAAUCUCCAGAGGGCCUCAGAGGCGUCAGGAAGGAAGUACCCAGCUGUCUGUCUGACCUCUGCCAUGCUUCCAACUCCAUUUUUAUCUACUUUCGUGUUGGGGGCAUUCCAUAAGAUUUCACUUUAAAACCAAGCAAAGGGGUUCAAUUACUGUUUUUAAGUGUUGAAAACAAAAGGUUCUCUAGGGCACCAAUAGGCAAAUAAAGGAAGGAUCAUUCUCAGUGCCAUGUUAAUAAUAAGAGCAGAGAGGAUGGAAACCGGAAACAAAGAAACUAGUUAGGGCUCUUGCAAUGAUCCAGUAAGAAGUGAGGUGGCUCGGGCCCAAGUGCUAUUCAUGGAGGUGUUGAGGAGAGGUCAGAUACUUAAUUUUUGAAGGUAGAGUGAGCAGGAUUUGUUGUUGGAUUGAAUGUGGCCUCAUCUGAAAAGGAGCAAGCAUGACCCAGCUUCCUGGCUUGAGCAGCUGGAGGGUGGGGUGGCCAUUCACCGGGUUGGGAAAAUGGUAGGGUAGGGGUGCAAGUUGGAGUUCUGGAUCAUUAGGCACCAAGUAGAGAAGAUGGCAUGUUAGUAGCCCCGUACCCAGAUCUGGAGUGUGAGGGGAGAGGUGAGGCAUCAUCAGUACGGGUAACAUUUAAAUCCAGGAGAUCACCUAGGGAAUGAGUAUAGAGAAGGGAAAGAGGCCUCAGGAUGAAGAGAGCAGUUGAGAAGUUGUGCUGGUUACCCCAGGCCAGCAUCAGCUGGUGGGGCAGGUUUCCCUAAACCAUUGUUGAGACCAGAUAGUAUCAUUGUACUGCAGGAUUGCAGUCUUGAGAACUAUAAAUUUGAUACAUUUUUCAAACUUAGUUUUCCUUAAUUACUAGUGAGAUGAAACAUUUUUCACAUGAUGUCAUUUGUAGAUUGUUCUUUUGUGAAUUAUUCUCGGAGUAACUUUCUGGAAGAAAGAAUGAGCCAUCUAUUUUAAAUUGUUUCAACAUCUAGGGGCGCCUGGGUGGCUUAGUGGGUUAGGCCGCUGCCU